AUGGACGACUCUUUCCAGUUUAUUAUAGAAUCUCCGCAGAACAACCAGGGACAUAAGAAAAGGCCUCGUCUCGUCACCUCUUGCGACAACUGUCGUCUUAAAAAGAUAAAAUGUCUUCAACCAUCUCCAGAAAGUAAAUGUGAUGCUUGCAAGACUGCCAAGAUACCUUGUCGUUUCCGGGAUAGGGAGCGUUACUUUGCAGAACGCAGCCGAGCUAUAGCUGGUCCUACCUCGUAUGGAGCAGACUUCAGAGCCGAAGCGAACCCAGCCCUUGAUGCCUUCUCAGUGGCCUCCAGCUCUUCCAGUCCUUCUCUUUCUUCCAACUCGAACCCUCGAUCCACUUCCCACUCGCCGAAAGCAAGCGGGCUCGUUUCAGCCGACGCGGAGCACACUGGGAGAUAUCAGUCAUACCCUCCUGAUUCUCGUCGAGAUUCUCAUCACAGACACAGUAAUUCUUCAUCUAUUUCAUCACGCAACGGUAAUCCAUUAGCCUAUAAUUAUGGUGGACCUCCACCCACUCAACUACUACAUCACCCUCAUAAUACACGCAGUCCAUCGCAUCACUCUGAUUAUCGUCCCAUUCACCUUUUCGAUCCUGAUCAUCCUCAAUCACCCCACCCAACUCUAAUGCCACAUUUCAUACAAUUAUUCUUCGAGAACUUGGGCGGUGAAUUCACUUUCUUAUCAUACGAGGAGUUACUUGCGGAUUUUUGGGACCACGUACUGCCAUCUUUGAUGGCAAAUUGUAUUGCAGCUAUGGCUUCCAGAUAUUCUAAUAUUCCCGAGCUUACUGUACGAGGCCUCCAUAACGUCGCAGAAGCAUACACCGAGAGCGCCAAGACUAUCCUAAGCUCCGUCGCUCAUAUCCCCACAAUAGAAACCUUGCACGCUAUAAUGUUACUCUCCUGGUCGGAGUACAAGAACAAUAGACUUAGUGGUUUCCGAGCUUAUUGUCAGAUGGCCAUGAGGAUGGCUAUGGACCUCGGCUUAUCAGAUCAAAAUGCGAUCCAAAUGCAUCCGAGUGAAAGUGAACGUAACCGCAGGCGGUCAACUUGGGCAGGCAUUCUACAACUACAUCUUACCUCAUCGUCCCUCUAA